AUGAAAGUCUUAUUCAUUUGUUUAAUUUGUGUUUUAGUACAAUCCCGCUCCACCCCUGAAGAGAUAGACCAAUAUAGAAAUUCAUCAAAACUUGUUGUUAUUGAAUAUAUGUCAGAAAAGUGUCACUUUUGUCAAUUAAUUGAUAAAGAAAUGAAUGAGACAAUCUCUGAACUUGCAAUGCUUAAUAAUAUUAAAAUAUUCCAAAUUGACUGUGACAAACACAAAAGUUAUUGUAAACGAGAUGGUGUUUCUGCAUAUCCUACUAUUCUUCCAAUUAGAAAUAACUUUAUGUACAAUGAAUUAAAAAGACCAAGAGAAGGUUGGAAUUGGAAAUUACAAAUACUUGAAAUUGCAAAUGCCCCAAUGCCAAAAUAUGUUGUUGGAAGAACUAAAUUAAAUAAUACAGCUGUUCCAAAGCAAAAUCUAAAAAAUCCCUUUAUGAUGAAUAAAUAA